AUGUCAGAGCAAGAACAUUGCUCUCAAUUUCUUCACCCAUAUAUCAAUCUGAUUUUCUUUAAAAGAUAUAAUGAUUAUGAGAUGCAGUUAAAUCGUUCAGUUCAGGGCACAAAACAAAGGCCUGAUCUUUCAUGUACU